UAUUUGUUUAUAAAAUGUGUUGUUUUCUUUUAAUAUUUUACGAAUCAGUGUAUAAAAGAAAUGGAACAUUUCUCCAUUAAAUUGAGGUUACGUGAGAACUAACCUAUUCUGCUACAGUUAUAAAUAUAUAUAAAUGCAUAUAAACACAUUGAAUAAAAACGUUCCAUUUGCAAGUGCUAUAUUAAUAUUUCUGUUAUAUCAGAAUGAUUACGCGAAUGUUUCAAAAAACUGUAAUAAAUAUCACACACAAUAAUGGAAUUCUUAUUAAAUAUUUUCAUCAUUGUAACAAUGUCUCGUUUCGAAAUGUUCAAGAAACUGUAUUUUUGAAAAAUACAGCGUUGGUGUAUUCUUCAAAUGAGCGAAAUGUUCCCAAAAGGCAAAACAUUUCUGCACAUCAACAAAUGCAUACUAAUAUCUUUAAAGGACCACUUUUAUGUAAUGCUACUCCAGUAUUAAGCAGUACAAUUCCUGUGAAUCAGCGUUUUACUGUAAAUAACAUUAGACAAUAUUCAAGUUCAUCACCUGAAAUUUUAAAUCAGACUGCAGUAUAUAGUAAUGGUGUAUGGCAAUUUUUUUCUGAAAGUUUACCUGUAGAAUAUCUUACACAGGCCUUAAAGAUAUUGCAAUCUGAAACAGGCUUACCAUGGUGGGCAACUAUUAUUCUUACAACAAUUAUGCUGAGAGUAUUUAUAAAUUUACCAUUAACUAUACAUGAUCAUCAAGUUAGAGCUAGGAUACAAAAUAUACAAUCUGAAUUAAAUGAAACUGCAAAAAAAUUACAAAUGGAAGCACGAAUGGGUAUGGCAACAUCUGGAUGGACUGCAUCAUAUGCAAACGCUGCCGUUAGACGUGCUUUAGCUGAAGAACGAACACAAUUGUAUCAAAUACAUAAUUGUCAUCCAUUAAAGAGUGCUGCAAUAAUAAUGCUUCAAGCACCCAUAUGGAUUAGUCUCUCCGUUGCAUUAUCAAACAUGUGUUACAUGUUACCUUACAGGAAUAAUGCUGCCUAUCAAACCUAUCUUCAAUUUACAACUGGUGGUUUUGGAUGGAUAAAAGAUCUUACAGUGACAGAUCCUUGUUUUGUGCUACCUAUACUUUUUGGGCUAUCUGGAUUAACUGUUAUAGAAAUAAAUCAGUUGUUAUUUAGAGUAAAAAAUGAAUCGAAAUUUACAAAGUAUAUGACAUACUUUUUGAGAGCAGUUAUUAUUUUCUUUGUAUAUAUUAUGGCAUAUAUGCCAUCAAGUUUGGCUUUGUACUGGACCACAAAUAAUUACUGUACACUGUUGCAAUCUCUUUUGCUGUUAUCUCCAAAGAUCCGCAGACUAGGAAGAAUACCUAAAACACAAUCUGAGUACCCACAUCCAUAUUCAGAAUUGUACAAAAAAUUAAAAGACAAAGUUGUUCUAAAAUUAAAAUAAAUUAAAAUGAAAGCAAUAAUUUGUGUCUAUUAUAUUCAAUUUAUAAUGCAGAUAACAAAGAGCGAUCGUUCAUAUUGUAUGAAAAUUCAUCAAUACAGGAAGCAACUUGAUUUACAAUGUGUUAAAUCUUUUGGUUUUAUUUUAAGAUCUUCUUCCUAGAAUGAACAUAGUGCUGCCUGCACCUUUGAUCUUGAUCGUUUCGCGAUACUAAGGUCGUAAAAAAUGUCACCUUGCACAAGACGUCAAUGAUAAAAACAGGAUGAAGUCACCCAAAAAUUCCUAUUUUCAGAUAGCAGAUUAAAUCACGUUCUUAUUUAUUGCGCCGAACAUGCAAUAUACAUCAAAUUCAUU